AUGACACAACAGGCUCAAGUGUUCACCAAAUUGACAGACCAACUCCUGAUGACACUGAUGAAGCUGAAGCUCAGCUUGCUGCAGCAGUACCUAGCAGAACGGUUUAGUGUUUCCCAGAGGAUUGUCAGUCGAGAGGUUAGUUAUUGGAUUGACAUGAUGGAAGAGAAUCUGAGGGAGUACAUUCCAUGGCUGCCAAGGGAGACCAUCUGUGCUACAAUGCCACAAUGUUUUAAGGACCACUACCCAGGAACAACCUGCAUUAUUGACUGCUCAGAAACUGCUUUACAGAAGUGCAAGAAUCUGGAUUCAAGAGGGGAGUCAUUCAGCCAUUACUACCUCCAGAACAAUAUCAAGUACCUGGUGGCCAUUGCACCUUGUGGUCUAGUGAUGUUCAUCUCCUCAGCAUAUGGAGGUAGAUGUAGUGACAAAUGUAUAACAUCGGAUUCAGGGUUCCUGGAGUACCUCUGUCCAGGUGAUGAGGUCAUGGCUGACCGGGGCUUCACAAUCCAUGAUCUGCUACACGAGAGGAAGGUCAAAUGAACAAUUCCAGCCUUCACAAAAAGAGGCGCACAGCUGUCAAAGGAGGACACCACAUGUACAAGACGGAAAACUAAUGUGAGGGUUCAUGUGGAACUCAUAAUUCAAAGGCUCAAACGGUUUAGAAUCAUCUCACAGACAGUGGCAAUCUCAUCUAAAAUGGACUAAAUAAUUUGAAUCUGUGCUGCCCUGUGUAACCUGGUUGGUGACAUCAUUCAUGAAGAUGCUGAAUGA